GAGCGAACCCGAGAGGGCGCUGGCGACACCGCCUUCCAGCUGCAAACACAUUAAUAACGCUGACAUUUCCAUUUCUGGCGCUUGUUGUUUUUUGCAACACCGGCCCGCUCGCCCACCAUGGACGCGCUCCUCUCGCGGCUCUUCUCCUCGGAAGAAGAGGAGCGCUACGCGUUGGACUGCAUGGCUUACCUCAUGCUGGUCAUGGCAGCCUGCACGUUUGUGACUCUGCUCUUUGAAAACGUCCCGUACGGGCGCUAUGCAACCAGCAGGUACGGAUUCCCGGUGAACGCCCGGUUGGCGUGGUUCAUUCAGGAGCUGCCUGCCUUCCUGGUGCCGCUGUGUCUGGUAGUGUGGACGUCCUCUGGUAAAACCUCCCUGCUGCCCAACCGGCUGCUCAUUGCCAUGUACUUCUGCCACUAUGUCCACAGAUCUCUUAUUUAUCCUUUUCUAAUCCGAGGAGGUAAACCAACGCCAUUCGUCUCAUUCGCCCUGGCCUUUGUUUUCUGCAUCUAUAAUGGGUACAUGCAGAUCAGGUACCUGAGCCAUUACGCCGAGUACCCUGCAGACUGGGUUACACAUCCACGCCUCAUCGCAGGUUCUCUGCUGUGGCUGCUCGGCUGGGUGGUGAAUGUGCACUCUGACCACAUCCUGAGGAACCUGAGGAAGCCCGGAGAGACCGCUUACAAGAUUCCCACGGGCGGCAUGUUCGAAUACGUGUCUGGAGCCAACUUCUUGGGGGAGAUAACCGAGUGGGCCGGCUUCGCUCUGGCCGGCCGCUCCAUUCACAGCUCAGCGUUUGCCGUCUUCACCACAGUGGUCCUCGCCAGCAGAGCUGUGGCCCACCACAAAUGGUACCUCGCUAAGUUCGAGGACUACCCCAAACAUAGGAAGGCACUCGUUCCCUUUCUUUUCUAAAGACUCCUCGGGGCACCGGGAGGCUUUAAAAGGUACCGGUUCUUACAACGGCAGAGAAGAACAAACCAUCUGAGCUGGACGCAAGCAACACUUCAAACCGUCAUUUUAACUAGUUUUGUUUUUACAGUGCAUCCAGAAAGUAUUCACAGCGCUUCACUUUUUCCACAUUUUGUUAUGUUACAGCCUUAUUCCAAAAUGGAUUAAAUUCAUUA